CCGAGCUCCACUCUCCGCGCCGCUCUCCUCGAACACCCUCGUCCGCCUGACCCGAGAGGGAGACUUCAGUAAGCUCGGAGCUUUCAACCGGUCCGUAGCCGUUCGCCAUCGAACGUCGUCGCCGACCGUCGCCGUCGCGUCCCGGCGCGAAACGCGAUCGCGCUUGGUGAUCGUCGUGCAGCGACCGUCCUGGACCUGGGAUAUCCUCCGCUCGCGAUAAAUCCCCUCACGAACACGAAUCUCUCGAAACUCGGAACGGAUAUCGAGAGGCGUCCCGAGCGCGGGGAAGCUGCGAAGGGUUCUCCCAGCGAGUUGAUCUCUGAAAUAUGACACCGGCAGGACGGGGUGGUCUUUCGAGAGAUAGUCCUUUGCAGACGAGUGACGGCCUGUCGAAUAACUUCAAGAUUCUUUCAAGAUCAGUUCAUUACUAGACGGUUGUUGGAUCAGCAACGCAAAAAGGUUUAACGCUGCCGGCGGAGAAAGGAUGAGGACGAGAAAGAGGAGCUCGCGAGGACGUGCCGGUCGAUGCGGUUUCGAGUUCGCGAUCGCGUGUCCACGGGCUGCGCCGCGUUGAUCCUGCCCCCGUGAGAUUGGAGCGAUCCUCGAUAAAUAACUCACACGGGGAAGGGAGCGACUUUUCUAUUUGAGGCCGACGACGUGAGGGGACGAUCGAAGCCGCGUGCGGAGGAGGCGAUGAUCUCGCUUCCGGAAGCGGCUGAAGAUCCUCCCAUUUAGAGCUCACGUCGAUCGCGCGUGAUCGCGAAGAUCCUGUCGCUAAAUUGCUCGUCGACGCGUGCGAUAUCGCGUGCUCCAAAAUAAAUUUUGAUAUGAAAAAGAAAUGAAAAAUUAUAAUCAGCAUAAGAAAUAACGCGAUAAGGCUGGAAGAUUAGAAAAUCCGCGGUUGAGCUCAACGUUGGGAGAGGCGAAGCCUUUCGUGUCCGAUUAUCAAUCUUGCGACGGAAAAGGCACCGCGAGUGAUGCAGCCUCGCAGAUGAUACGGAGGCUGGAAAACACGCCGUGACGGAUAUAUCGAACGGCGACGAACUUGAACGUGAAAAAAAAAAAAAACACGCGAGUUACACGAGAUGCGUCUGCGUGGUCGCGCUUUUCGGCGAGCAAUCGGUUCCGUCCAGUCGAUCGCGAUUGUAACGCUUUCGAGGGUACCAUCGUGUUCGACGCACGCCGGGUCAAAAACGCAACGCAGUAGACCGAAUGUAUCCUUGACAUGCUUGAAUUAAAGAAAGGAUAUCGACGCGACGAACGGAAGAGGGGCAUGUUAUCCGAGAGGGAAUCGUGGGUGGAAUAGAAAUAAAAUGCAACUUUUGUGUACAUUCGUGCGUCCGACGACGCUCGCGUUGACGGGAAAUGGUGACGAGACGUCGAGGAACGUUGUGAUCUGUUUGAAAUGACGUGUGUUCGACGUGGUGGCUGUCGACGAAGGACUCGAUUGUACACGAAGGCGAGCGCUCACGUGCGGCAAGAAAUCGCGAAUGACAUUUUGCAGGAGUGAUGGCUAUUUCGGGCCGGACACGCGGGUGUGCUGCAUUUAUAAGACAUUCUUCGCGAAUGGUUUACUGCAGAUUCGUAUUUCCGGGACUUGCGAAGACGUGCGUAAACACCGGGAAACGAAAGAGCGACGAGAUAUGAAGCUUCCUCUUAUUCGCACGGCUCUCGUCGCAUAACUGAACGUUCCUAUUGCGCUCGAUGCACGUUACAUUAAGCUCAAGGUGAUAUGGAAGCAGAAGACGAAGUGGAUGAUGAGUUGUCGGAAGCCGUCGACACGGAAGCGAAUCAUAACAACAACGUCGAGAACUUCGAGACAAUGAAGAUCUCUACGAAGCCGGUGUCCGAGAUGACGCCGGAGAAGGACGACUGUCCUUUACUACGCUCGUCCAAUCCCGAACAAUUGGAAAUUGUCGGUCCCGCCGACGACAGUCCCGAAAAGUUGAAAACGUCCGUGCGACCAGAAUCAAAAGUACCCCUAAGUACAAGUAUAAAGACUGAUGUGAAAGAGAUUGAGAUCGCCAGGCUGUGUAGAAGCAAGAAAGUCACCUGCCAGGACAUUAUACACGAAUAUGACGAGGACGACAACCUCACCAUAGAUAGAGUUGGAAGAUACUUGGAGGCGCAUCCUGCUCUGGCCGAAAUGUGGCUGCGGGAGAAAGCGAGUCUCCAGCUUCGACAAAAAUUGCAGAGCACGUGUAUGUUACAAAAAAUAACACCAAGCGCGCCCAGCAGGCAGCAGGAGGAGAAUCUUCUCAACCAGAGCAAACGCAACAGCGUCACAUCCGAUCUCUUUCAGACCUGGUUGGCCUCGAGUUCACCCGCAAAGCGCAGCAGGAGUCCAAACAGCACGCUGAUGGAUCGUCGCGAGGAGCUCGGUAGACUGGACGAGAGCGAUCUGUUUAUGGAGCUGAUAAGGGACGUGGCGAACGAACUGGACAUCAACGUCCUCUGCCACAAGAUUCUGGUGAACGUCGGCCUACUCACUCAUGCCGAUCGCGGCAGCCUGUUCCUGGCGAAAGGACCCUUGGAGGAUCGAUACCUGGUGGCGAAGCUGUUCGACGUCACUCAGGAUACCGAGCUCGAGGAAGCCAUUCAACGGGCUAAGAACGAGGAGAUCAAAAUACCGUUCGGAGUCGGUAUCGCCGGUUACGUGGCGCAAACCAAGGAAAUUAUCAACAUCAAGGACGCUUAUAAGGAUUCGAGAUUCAACAGCGCCAUUGACAUGCGAACCGGAUACAAGACGACAUUGAUUCUGUCGAUGCCGAUCUGCAAUUACGAGGGCGACGUCAUCGGGGUCGCCCAGAUCAUCAACAAGACGAACGGCAGCAACGAAUUUACGAACAGGGACGUCGAGGUGUUUCAAAGAUACCUCACAUUCUGCGGCAUCGGCAUACAGAACGCGCAGUUGUUCGAGCUGUCCGUGCAGGAAUACCGGCGCAAUCAGAUACUCCUCAAUCUGGCGCGGAACAUAUUCGAGGAGCAAAACAAUCUCGAGUGUCUCGUCACGAAAAUCAUGACCGAGGCGAAGGAGCUGCUCAAGUGCGAGAGAUGCGCCGUUUACCUGCUAGAUUUGGACUGCGGUGAGGCAGGGCAUCUCGAGAAAAUCGUCGAGCGGCCCGGGAGGUCGGUGCAAGAGAGCAGAAAGCCGUUGUCGAGAAGAGAGAGCAAUAACAUCGACAUGGAGGACAUUAUUCAACAGCAUGCAGCGAACGAAAGUAGCAAAUUUACCAUGGCAUUCGAAAUGGAAAACGAAACGCAAGAGGCUCGGGUCUAUCGGCCAAGCAAUAACAACCUGUCGAGUACCCUGGGUCAGAUCGCAAGGUACGUCGCCGCGACGGGUCAAAUUCUCAACAUUGGCGACGUAGCCACGUGGCUGAAGAAAGAUGUAAUGGAGAGCGGAAGGGAAUCCAUCAGAAGUAUCCUAUGCAUGCCGAUCGUCAACGGGCAGAGAAUCGUCAUCGGAGUUGCUCAAUUGAUCAACAAGGACAACGGCACAUCCUUCACCGACUCGGACGUGUCGAUAUUCGAGGCGUUCGCUAUUUUCUGCGGCCUCGGUAUUCACAACACGCAAAUGUACGAAUCUGCGUGCAAACUGAUGGCGAAGCAGAAGGUGGCCCUCGAGUGCCUGAGUUAUCACGCGACCGCCAACAACGACGACGCCCUGCGGCUCGUCUCCGAUCCCAUACCGUCCGCGGAAACGUACAACCUCUACAGCUUCACGUUCAUCGACUUCGAUCUCACCGAUGAAGACACGUGUCGCGCCACCAUCAGGAUGUUCAAGCAGUGCGAUCUCAUACAGAAGUUCCACAUACCGUACGACGUCCUAUGUAGGUGGAUCCUCAGUGUGAAAAAGAAUUACAGGCCAGUAAAGUACCACAAUUGGCGGCACGCGCUGAACGUCGCGCAAACGAUGUUCGCGAUGCUGAAGACCGGCAAGAUGGAACAAUUCAUGACCGAUCUGGAGAUUCUCGGACUUCUGGUAGCCUGUCUUUGUCACGAUCUGGACCAUCGCGGCACGAACAACGCGUUCCAGACGAAAACCGAAUCACCACUGGCGAUCCUCUACUCGACCAGCACCAUGGAACAUCAUCAUUUCGAUCAAUGCGUCAUGAUCCUGAAUUCUGACAGCAACAACAUAUUUCAGAAUUUAUCAAUGGAGGACUAUAGACGCGUGAUGAAAGUCGUGGAGAGCGCCAUUCUGUCGACCGACCUGGCGAUGUAUUUCAAGAAGAGGAAUCGCUUCAUGGAAGUGAUCGACGAGGGCGAGUUUGAUUGGCAGAGCGAGGAGAAGAAAGAAUUGCUAUGCGGCAUGAUGAUGACAGCGUGCGACGUGAGCGCAAUAGCGAAGCCCUGGGAGGUGCAGCAUCGCGUGGCGAAGUUGGUGGCCGACGAGUUCUUCGAUCAAGGCGACCUGGAACGCCUCCAGCUCAACCAACAGCCGGUGGCGAUGAUGGACCGCGAGAGACGGGACGAAUUACCGCAGAUGCAGGUCGGCUUCAUCGACGUGAUCUGCCUGCCGCUCUACAAGGUCUUGUCGGAAACGUUCCCGUGGAUACUGCCGCUCUACGAGGGCACCACGGAGAAUCGAAAACACUGGCAGGAUUUGGCGGAAAAGGUCGAAAUGGGACUAACGUGGAUCGACCGCGACACGAUCGAGGAACCGGUAGAGGAGUUCGUUUCUUACGAGCCUAAGGACAUCGAGUUCACGGUCACGACCCUGAACUGCGCACACGCCGACAAGAAGGAACAAAUGCCGGACAGGUCGUCGCUCGGCAGGUUCGCCUCCUUGAGAAAGGGCGGACGUACGUUGAGCAAAGGGGUCCGACAUCGCAUCAGCAGGUCUCUUUACACCAGGAGCAGCUCGGAGGACGCAGGCAAGUCGAAGGUGUUGCUCCCGGAGAGGAAGAAUCGCAACAAGCUGUGCCUGCUCAUUUGACGGCUAACUUCGACGACGCUCGAAAGCAUCCCCGAAUGAUGGCCAACUAGAUGGCGAUACUUGGAAAUGAGUAUUUAAAUACACGUCGCAGCUUCCAGGUCGCGGAAGAUGAAAUCUUUAACGUUGAGAUUGCCUGGAAGCUGAAGUUUGACAGAUCUGUGGAUGAGCUGUCAUUGAAAAAGAGCUUUAGAGUGAACCUAGAAGAGUCACUCUCAGAGGAAUAACAAUUGUCUACCUCGGUAACUAAGUCAGACUAUUCUCGAAGAGUAAAAUGAUACCAAAUGGAUCGUUUCGGGAAAGUUUUCAAGCUGCUUUCAGUUGCAGCGAAAUACUUAUGGGAAAUGAAUCCUUUGGGAGAGCUCAUAGAAGAGAAAAAUAUUGAUAUUUGCAGAAAUGAUCACUAUAUAUGAUCUUUUUAAUCAAGAAUGAUCAUAUUUGAUCAGAUUUAAUAUCAAUCAAAUAAGAAGACAGAAAAAGAACAAGCAAUGAGAAGAAAUGACGAUAAAUUUAGCAAUUUGUAAAAACUUCGUGCAAAUUGCAAUCGAGUAAGAGAAUAAUUUUCAAUACAAAAGAGUAAAAUAAAUUAAAAUGUGAAUAAUUUACAUUUCAGCGAAAAACUGAUUUAAUUAUCGAAAGAUUCAUUACAAUACUCUAUCAUUGCUCAUUUCACGAUUUUAAUAAAAUAAAGAGAAUUAAGAAUCUCGAUAUUAUUUAACCGAAUUAGACACGAAUUCGAGUCAAAGUAUUUAAAGUUUGACGUCAUGUAAAAACUUACAAUUAGUACGAGUGAGAAAAUUAUAGAACCAAAUAUAUAAAACGCAUAUUUACAUAAUUCCUGGAAGACAUUCCCGGAAUGGAAAAUACGCUCAAGGAGGAUAUUCUAUUGAUUUCGGCGCAUAUACCACUCUCUUCAUUGCCAGACGUAGAAAACGACGAAUCAAAAAAUACCGCAGUGAUUAACGAAAUGGCGAAUCUUCGUAAGGCAAAGACGAUAAACUACGUGGCCCGAGAAGAAAAAGAUCAGAAAGUAUCCGAGGUGAUGAUCUCACCACGAGACACACAUCGGCGCGUCAGAUCCCGAAAAGACUGUUGCCCGUAGGUUUUAAGGCGAUAAAUACGUAGACAACGGUAUUGCGUAAAAUACGUAUGCUUAGUCGAUGGCUAGGUAGCUAGAGAACUUGACGGUCGGUCGUUGCACCUCACAACGACAUUGCUCAUAAUCGCAAUCCCGUAGAACGCGAGGAAGCGUGCUGUUAUGUGUGAAUGUGUCGGGCGUCGUCAGACCGAUGAUGAUGAUGGAUGAUGAUGACGAUGAUGAUGAUGAUGAUGAUGAUGACGAUGAAUUCAAUUUUGACAAUCUUUUUGUAUCACAUCUCGAUGAUAUUCUAGGCUAUACAGUUCGGCGUACGAAGGGAUCGGUGACGAUGACGCUUACAGAUCGAAGACGUGCGAAUCGGACUCGCGGACACGCUGCUCCACGAUAUGGCGGUUUAAGUCAGAAACGAGCGCAGUUUAAUUGUUUUAUCAUCUCUCAGACUUUCCCUCAGAGCGAUCUCCGCGAUAACAGAGAGAGAGAGAGAUGCAAUCAAUACAGUUAAGACAGAAAAAAGAAUUGCUCUCAAGUGAAUUUCUUUAUUUUAAUUAAACCCUUAAAAUAUUCUGAGUAAAAUAAAUACAUAAGUAUAAAAUAUUUUAUAGGUU